AUGUCGCGACAGAGCGGCCGUUAUGUCGCGACAGCCGUGCCCCGACCUUCCCAAGCGACAGGUGGCCGGGUCCCCGUGAGGAGCCUCCGUGCCAGCUUUGGGUUGGCGACCUUGCAAGGCUGUGUUAUCGCCCUCCGUUUCGAGGCCUUGUCCUCCGAAACCAGCGGUAUCGCAGCGGGGAGGGAAGGGCGGGCACCCCGGAGCUACUUGAGGGCAAGCGAUAACAGAUCCGCGCUUCCCAACACGGCGAGAGCCGGAAGAAAUGCGGGAGAGAAGACUAUAAGGUGGCACAUUGAACUACAACCAUGGGCAAGCCCAACCCCUUCCCUGGACUAUGAGGCCGUCAGGUUCCUGAAGUACAUAAGCACUUCUCAGAUUUCGUGUGAACACAUGAACCUAAACAGCCUGGCAGGGCGCUCUGAAGCAGCAAAGAAGCCCUGGUCGCUCUGCCUUGAUGAGCAGUUCAGCCUCAUUCAUCGCAUCAGGAACAAGCAAUGUCGCCUGUAUUCACUUGGGCUAGGCAAUGAGGACAACCAGUUUGAGGUGAACAUGGCUAACAGCGGGUGUGAAGUGCACCGCUUUGAUCCCAGCGUCAAGUCCGCGCACGUUCAGGAGGGACGGCGCCUCUGGCAUCAUCGCCUCUCCAUUGACUGGAGGGAUCCUAAUCCCGCUAUUGCUGCUCAUAAACUUCACAGCAACACGAAGAAGCUGGGCACGAUAUUGAAUGAAUUUGGGCAUCAGAAGAUUGAUGUCCUCAAGGCAGAUGUGGAGAGUGCCGAGUGGAAAAUUUUGGAAAACCUCAUUCUGGAAGAUGUCGUUGGGCAGAUAGGACAGCUGGUCGUUGAGGUGCACAUCCACUGGCCCGGCUUUGAGGUCAGUGGCAACGACAGUGCUGUGGUGCGGUACUGGUACAGUCUGCUCCGAGAACUGGAGCUGCAGGACUUCAGGCUUUUCCAUACCUACAAAGACUUGUCAAAGCCACAGAUGUUUCUGAAGAAGGAGGCCUUCAACGCCAGUAGCAGUUACACACUGAGCUGGGUAAAUACCAGAUGGAAAUAGCAGAACGGAUUUUUAUGUUGUGUAGCUGUGUGCCAUCGGGCCCAGCAGCAUCGCUGAAGAGCACUUUGGACUCACUGGCUGAAGUGCUAAAUA